CACAGAGUCACUGUCAAAGAUGGGACCAUUGAGACAAUUAGGACUUUUCAUUUGGUUCGCUCUGGUUCAGAUUAAAAACUCUCAGACUCAAGAAUGCAACAUUAUCACAUCCAUCUCUUCCACAUCGGCAUCAUCGCUGCUUGUGCAAUGGACCAGCUACCCAGUGGCCACCAACUACAUUCUGGACCUGCGUGUGGUGAAUAUGAGCAGUGUGGCACCUGUGGUGGUCACAGUUUCAGCCUCAACAACACAGAAAGAAGUCUUCGGUCUGAAACCGGGCACUUUGUACACCGUUGUGGUCAAAGUAUUCCGCUUUUACAAUGUUGAAUGUUCGGAUACAAGAAUAGCCAAGACAGUCCCAGACAAGUCUCAGAUAACCACCGCACGAGCAAUAUCGAGUACCGAAAUUGUGUUACAGUGGGACCGGGUGUCCUCUGCAGAUCAAUACUUUGUCUUGGUGAAUUCCUCAAUAACCAACGAACGCUAUAAUCUGUCUUUCACAAAUACCAGCACAAUCCUCCGUAAUCUGCGACCCACCACCUCAUACGACUGCUAUGUUUUCACCUCCAACUCGGCCGGUCUGGGCGCGAGGAGUCGAGUUCGCACCGCCACCACGCUACUCUAUCGAGGGAAGAGGAGUCUGGAUUAGCAAAUGCUUCCUCAGACGACGAGCACGGCUGCACUCUUCUGCAUAACGUCACAUCCUUGACCCCACGUUAGCUGACCCCACUUUACUAACACACUUUACUAACCUCCCGUCAUGUCCCAGAGAUCCACUAAUUAGGAUUUACGUAUAUCGAUAAGUAUUUGUGCCUUAAUGAUAGAGUGUAUUUAAUUAACAACAAUAAAAAGCCAUUAAAUGAAUGUAUUCAAAGGUUCUUACUAACCCAGCUAAGCAAAAACAAGUCAAAUCACUGUAUUCAUGUUAUGUAUGUAGUGUUUAUGUGGUUGUCGGGCAACACAAACUUAGCUUGAAAAUCAUAUUUCGUACUUUACCGAUGUUGGUUGAAAAACUACCAGAUUUGCACAUGAUUCAGGUAUCCCUACAUUGUUCUCAGGGUAAUGGCCAUUUCUUUCUUUGUUCUAUACAGUAAGUUCCAAAAAUAUUUGUUUUAUAGAGAAACAGAGCCAAACUUUAAAAAAAAAAAAGGAAAAAGAAAGUUUACGACUAAUAUGGAAAAUGCAAACGAAAUCGUUGAUUUGAGAACAAAUUCAUUUGAAAUUUGCUUUCAUUUACACCUCCUAUG